GGAGGAGGAAGAGGCGCCGAUGAGUGAGGAAGAGCGGUUUCUCAGAAAGGGCGUCUUUGCUCUCGCGUCUGUCUCCGGGGGAAGGGGCGGCCUCUGCGCCACAGCGGGUCCGGAUUCAGACGUUCCAGCCGACACAGCAACGGGGCUGCCGGCGUGACAGGAGCCAGAGCCGGGGGGAGGACGGACGGACGGACGGUCACGGAGAGGGUCGACGCUUCAGGGGCAGAAGGAGGAAUAAGAAAGUAGAGCGGGAGGAGGAGGAAGAGCAGGAGGAAGAUGCCUCUGGCUCAGCUGGCGGACCCCUGGCAGAAGAUGCCCGUGGAGGGCACUUCUGGAGAGGAAGCACAUCCUGAUCAGGAGGACUCGGUGACCGAGGACGACUCCAUGUCCACUUCCACUGAUGAUGCGUCCAUCAAAGAGAUCAACAUCACUCAUCAUGUGAAGGAGGGGUCGGAAAAGGGGGAUCCUCGGCAGUUCGAGCUCCGCAAAGUCCUGGGACAGGGCUCCUUUGGCAAGGUGUUUCUGGUGAGGAAGAUCACCGGGCCGGACGCCGGUCAGCUGUACGCCAUGAAGGUCCUGAAGAAAGCCACGCUGAAAGUGCGCGACCGCGUCAGGACAAAGAUGGAGAGGGACAUCCUGGUGGAGGUCAACCACCCCUUCAUCGUCAAGCUGCACUACGCCUUUCAGACGGAGGGGAAACUCUACCUGAUCCUGGACUUCCUCAGAGGAGGAGAUCUCUUCACUCGUCUGUCCAAAGAGGUGAUGUUCACAGAGGAAGACGUGAAGUUCUACCUGGCAGAGCUCGCUCUGGCUCUGGACCACCUCCACGGCCUCGGCAUCAUUUACAGAGACCUCAAACCGGAGAACAUCCUGCUGGACGAGGAUGGACACAUCAAGCUGACCGACUUCGGCCUCAGCAAGGAGUCGAUAGACCACGAGAACAAGGCCUACUCCUUCUGCGGGACGGUGGAGUACAUGGCUCCGGAGGUGGUGAACAGGCGGGGGCACACGCACAGCGCCGACUGGUGGUCCUACGGCGUGCUAAUGUUUGAGAUGCUGACGGGAACGCUGCCGUUCCAAGGAAAAGACCGGAAAGAGACGAUGACCAUGAUCCUCAAAGCCAAGCUGGGAAUGCCACAGUUUCUCAGCUCAGAAGCUCAGAGUCUUCUCAGGAACCUGUUCAAGCGCAACCCUGGAAACAGACUAGGAGCCGGACCGGAUGGCGUGGAGGAGAUCAAGAGGCAUCACUUCUUCCACACCAUCGACUGGAAUAAACUCUUCCGCAGAGAGAUCUAUCCGCCCUUCAAGCCGGCCGUGGGACGACCCGACGACACUUUCUAUUUUGAUCCAGAGUUCACAGCUAAGACGCCCAGAGACUCUCCAGGGGUCCCUCCGAGUGCGAACGCUCACCAGCUCUUCAGGGGGUUCAGCUUCGUGGCCAUCACAGAGGAGGAGACACAGCCGCUGCCUCACGCUAUCGUACAGCAACUUCACAGAAACAACUCUCAGUUCUCUGAUUCCUAUGAGAUCAAAGAAGACAUCGGCGUUGGCUCAUACUCCAUCUGCAAGCGCUGCAUCCACAAAGCCACUGGCAUGGAGUACGCAGUCAAGAUCAUCAACAAAGCCAAGCGAGACCCGACGGAGGAGGUGGAGAUCCUGCUGAGAUACGGGCAGCACCCCAACGUCAUCACCCUGAAGGAUGUGUAUGACGACGGCCGUUCCGUGUUCCUGGUGACAGAGCUGAUGAAGGGCGGCGAGCUGCUGGACAAAAUCCUCCGACAGAAGUUUUUCUCUGAGCGGGAAGCCAGUGCCGUCCUCUACACCAUCACCAAGACUGUGGAGUACCUGCACGUCCAGGGGGUGGUACACAGGGAUCUGAAGCCCAGUAACAUCCUGUAUGUGGACGAGAGCGGCAACGCCGAGUCCAUCAGGAUCUGCGACUUUGGGUUCUCCAAGCAGCUGAGAGCGGAGAACGGCCUGCUCAUGACGCCGUGUUACACCGCCAACUUCGUGGCACCAGAGGUUUUGAAGAAGCAGGGGUACGACGCCGCCUGUGACAUCUGGAGUCUGGGAGUGCUGCUCUACACCAUGCUGACAGGCUUCACUCCGUUUGCCAACGGCCCGGAGGACACACCAGAGGAGAUCCUGGCCCGGAUCGGCAGCGGGAACUUCUCGCUCACUGGAGGCAACUGGAACACCGUCUCUGCUGAGGCAAAGGAUCUUGUGUCCAAGAUGCUGCAUGUCGACCCUCACAAGCGUCUGACUGCAGGUCAGGUCCUCAGACACCCUUGGGUGAUGCACAGAGACCAGCUGCCCAAGUACACCCUCAACAGACAGGACACGCCACUGCUCGUCAAGGCGGCGAUGGCGGCGACCUACUCGGCCCUGAGCAGGAAUGUCCCCCCAGUUCUGGAGCCGGUGGGCUGCUCUAGCCUGGCCCGGCGGAGGGGAGCGAAGAAGAUCACCUCCACUGCUCUGUGACGUCCUUUCAGCUCAACUCUGACCUCGACCCGAUCACCGCCAGACCUCAGCCCACCCCCACCCUCCCAGUCCGACGGGACAGACUACUGAUGGAGCGAGUGGCAGCCAAAGCCCAACAGGAGCACAGAGAUCCCACCCCCACGCCCUGCACCUUAACUGCUUCCUUUGAAUGGAUCUCCUCUGCUGUCUCACUGUAGAGCCUAAGCUUUAGCCCCGCCCACCCACAGCCGCAUUUUCCCCGCGGCGUUUCUCCUUCAGACAAUCAGCGCAGAGGGGAGGCUGUGCGCGCGCACGUCAGGAAAAACAAGUACUGUAUUUAUUUAUGCGGGUCGAGUCGUCAGAACAAGUUUUGAUUUUCGGAGCGGAAGUGGAUGUUCACCCCGCAGGCGGAGGCGGCGCUCUCAGAAGCCACGCCUCCUGUGAGUACCACAGGCUUUCUGGUUCCAGUGUCAACUUUCAAAGGAAGAAAUCAAAGACGGGAAUCCUCCGUUUUUAACUGACUCCUUUGUCCAGCUAGCUCUGCAAAUAUUUCGAAAAUCCUUCACUGCGAUGUAACAGUGCCCCCUGGUGGCCAAGAAUAACAUUAUUCUCUCUAUUCUUUUUCUCUGCCUCAGUCAUCUGUCAGACUUUACUCUUUUAUAUUUAACUUUAUUAUUUGAUUGUAAAAUCUCACACUGGAGAGACAAAAAGACCUUCAAAUCCUUAAAUAUUAAAUCCGAGCACUUUAAUGAUUUAUCAAUAUUUUUUUCUAAAGAACCAAAAUUAAACUUAUCUUAGCUCUAAAGUUAAGGCUGUAAUUUUUAAAUAAAAUUGUGCUUUUAUUUCAUUCAUUUUCCAGGAGUAAGCUUUACUUUCAUCUUCAUCAUUCAGUGUUAGGCAUGAUCAAUAUACAAUAGGAUUGAACUUUGCCUGCAGAAACACCCAGUGUGUUUUUAAAUCUUUCAGACAGAAGUUUGAAAAUGAACAUUUUUAUCUUUUUAUUUUAUUUUAUUUUCUGACAUAUUUGUUUUCACGGUUUUGUUCUGUUAGUUCAGAGAAUUAACAAAAGCAGCGGAUCAGAUGUACAGUUCAGGAGCUCCAAACAAGUCAAACAUCCGGAGAAAGGAACGUGGCUGUGGUUUGGUCAGACUGUGGCGUGUGGCGUGAGGCGUGUGGCGUGAGCGCGCAGCAUCACUGUGAACGGAGAAGCACAACAACAGCCUGACGCUCCAGAAAACAUCUGGAAAGACUUUGGUUUUUGUGAUCAAUCUUUUAACUGAUAAAAAUCUGACUUUUGCUCAGGAAUCAAACUGUCUCUCUGCUGAGAAACAUUCAUGUGAAUUUCUUUUUUUUUAGCCACAUUCAAGUCACAGAAACAAAAAGCAAACGCGCUCGCAGGAAAUGAGACGAUAGAGUCACCUUUUAUGCAGAAAUGAAAACUAAAGUCAGAUUGAAAACACGCUGUAAGAUUCAGCCUCGUGAAAGUGUCCACAGAUCAAAACCAGGAGUGCCAUCGCAGCAGCAGCAGAGGUUGAUCUGACCUCUGACCUCCACCAGGGGGCGCUCACCGCCGCUCAAACAGGACGGGUCACGGCCACAAAUAAGAUUUAGCUUUCUAAAGUUUACAAGAACAAUUAUGAGAUUAAAGGUGAAACUUUUGAGAUCAAAGACUAAGAUGUGAAAGAAUAAUGUCACGGAAAAACAUCUAUUCUGACAUGCUGGUGUGUUGUUUUUAAUAAAAUGAAGUUUAGUCAGGGACAGAAUGAGAUUUUAUUGAAAUAAUAAAAAAAAAAAAUGGACAGAAACUGAAAAAAAGCACAUCUGACAUGAUAAAAGCUUCAAAACUAAAUGUAAGAUCCACUUCCUUAAGACGUUUGCCUCAUAAGUCAUUUAAUUAGAUUAUCAAACUUAUGAAAUAUGAAAAGAGGUUAAAGACUUUAAAGAGGACUAUUUCCUAACUUUGUCUCAGCAGUUUGACCUUUGACCUCUGUCAUUCUUUCAUCAGACCAUCAUGUUGUCGUCUUUCUUCUUUUGUUCUGGAUCCUGUAGUUUUUAAUUAUUUGACAUUAAAGAGUCCAUAAGAAUAUGGAGGAUGUAUCUAUGAAGAUCUUUGGGCUCUGGGUGUUUCUUGCAGAGUUCUUCCUCUCUGAAUGUCGGCCUAAAGGGAUCAGAUGCAGAUUUUCUGUGUUUGUGCGCGUUUGUUGUGUGCAAGUGUUGAUCUGAGCUUCCUCCAGGACAAAGAAUGAUUUGUUUCCUUUCUUUUCUGUAAUCAUGAGCAGGAGAAAAGCCCCCGUUUGUCCUCCUCUUCCUCCUCCGUCCAUCAGAGACGUAUAAAGCCAAGCCGGCUCUCUGUUUUUAUACCUGCAGUGAGAGUUGAUCUUUCUAUUAAAGCAAUAAUCAGCUGA